AUGCUCAUUAUUGAUGUCAAUACGAGUUCCUUCAAUAAUGCAGCUACUUCCACUUCUCCCAUUUCUACUGCCACACCGAAUGGUGCAACAUUUUUAACCGGCAAUCAAUUGCAACAACAACAAAAAAUAAUUCCUUCUCCAAUUUAUACCGCAGUAUCAUCAUCACCCGCCUCUUCAACAACAACAACUCCUGUUAGUACACCAUCAUCUACCACCGUAACUUCUCCACCCGUCACUAAUGUUAAAAAACGCAAAAAUUCCAGCAUUAGUGCUAAAAAACCGGGUAUAAAAAGUACUGAAAUUAAUUCACUACUGGGUGAAGUGUGGAGAAAUAUGUCCGAGGAAGAUAAAAAGCCCUACCUCCAAAUGAGGGAUACGGCAUUGGAACAGUACGAAAAGGAUUUGGCGGCUCAACAACAACAGCAGAAAUCGCCACUUUCACCACCACCAUCAUCACAACACCAGCAGCAUUCGCCAUCACGACCACUACCACGAUCACCACAUCAUCAUCAACAACAGCAGCAAGUAUAUAAGUUUGUAGAUUUAGAGAACGACGUAAUGUACCAAGAGGCUGUCAAAAUUGCUAGAAAAAUUUUAGACGGUUUAGAAACCGAUCUAAAUGAUCGUUGGUAUGAAUAUGAAUUACCAACAUCGCUAAAUAAUCUUGUAGAAAUCAAUUAUUCAAGCACAAAUACAAAUCCAUCCCUAUUUUUAAAAUGA